UAUCUGGGAGGGUCAACUGCUCUUAUUGAGGGCCAAAGAAGAAGGAAGAAUUAAUUACAUCUCUGGACUUCACCUCCUCUAAUACAAGGAUUAUCUGUUUUUAUCCAGGGGAAACACUUGCUUUUCUCCACUUGAGAGAAAGAAGAAGAAGCCUUAAAGAUGCUAUGCGUCUAUUCCCACUGACUUUGAGAGAGGAGAGGAACCCGAACGACCUUUUAGGCAUUUUAAAACCAGAAGAAGCCAAUUGUUGGGUGUGAACGAUGGCCGGGUGCUGUGCGUCGGCGGAGGACAGAGAGAACCAGAGGAUCAACGAGGAGAUCGAGAAGCAGCUGCGCAGAGACAAGAAGGACUCUCGCAGGGAGCUGAAGCUGCUGCUGUUGGGUACCGGAGAGAGUGGAAAGAGCACCUUUGUCAAACAGAUGAGGAUUAUCCAUGGAGGAGGAUACACCGAUGACGACAAGAGGAGCUACGCCAAACUGGUCUACCAGAACAUCUUCACCUCCAUGCAGGCCAUGCUCCGAGCCAUGGAGGCGCUCGGUAUUCCUUUCACUAAUCCCCAGAACCAGAACCAUGCACACUCGGUUCUGGACGUGGAGGUGGAUAAAGUGGAGGAGUUUGAUCAGAGCCUCGCGGCGGCACUGAGGGCCCUGUGGGGGGACGCGGGGAUCCUGCAGUGCUACGACAGACGCAGAGAAUACCAGCUGUCCGACUCCACCAAAUACUAUCUCACCGACCUGGAUCGCAUUUCUCAACCCUCUUACAUACCUGACCUGCAGGACAUCCUCAGGGUGCGAGUGCCGACCACGGGAAUCAUCGAGUACCCCUUUGACAUGGAUAACGUCAUCUUCAGGAUGGUGGAUGUGGGGGGUCAGAGGUCAGAGAGGAGGAAGUGGAUCCACUGCUUUGAGGACGUCACCUCCAUCAUCUUCCUGGUGGCGCUCAGCGAGUACGACCAGGUGCUGGCCGAGUGCGACAAUGAGAACCGUAUGGAGGAGAGCAAGGCUCUGUUCAAAACCAUCAUAACCUAUCCCUGGUUCCAACGCGCCUCCGUCAUACUCUUCCUCAACAAGACCGACAUCCUCAAGGAGAAGAUCAUGCACUCUCACAUAUCCACCUACUUCCCCGAAUUCACAGGACCUCAGCAGGAUGCGACAGCGGCGCAAGAAUUCAUCCUGAAAAUGUACAAUGAACAAAACCCGGACAAAGACAAGGCGGUGUACCCCCACUUCACCUGCGCCACCGACACAGAGAACAUCCGCUUCGUCUUCGUGGCCGUCAAAGACACCAUCCUCAGACACAACCUGAAGGAGUUCAACCUGGUGUGAGAGGAGCCGGACCAUUAAAGUGCUUCUUUCUUGGCUCCUUGAAAAGAGAACAAUCGGGUCCAAUGAAAACAUACGUACGGUUUCUUUAAUCAAAAGUUUUCAAUAUUCAUCUUUUCAUUCGGCAAAAGGAAAUACAAACAGUUAACCGACUUACCCAAACAAACGUUUCUCUAUAUUAACGUUUCUGAAAUGCAGACUUUGUGUUUUGUAGUUUCUAUUUUAGAAAUGUGCUGUAAGAAAAUCAUACUUUGAAGUAGAAGAAUGUCAAAUUUAGUAUGAAGUAAUAUUGUCAACCUAUUGUGCGGGAUACGUUUAUUACAUAAAACUGUAGCUGUGAGAGCGGAUUUAUGUGGUGGGUUAUGAUCCGCUGAUUGGCGGGUCAGCCCACAUAUAGGGUAGGAACCUUUGGGGGCUCGGCACGUGUUCUCACUUUCUCCACAAAUUCAACAACAACAAAUUGCGUUUUUCCAUUAAAUCAUGGGCAACAGCUCUCCACCUUUCACUAUAUUUAUAUGGCAAUUUACAAACCACUGUUUUCAUAUUCAUGUCCAGCUCCUCCAUCACAUUACAGCAUCCACAUAGAAACAAACCAUAGGCUUGCAAAUAUGUAACAAGUUAUCAAAAAAAAGAUCCAUAUGUAACAUUUCUCCUCAUGCAAUAGCUGCAAGAAUGACCUGCAUUUUUAUAUCGUGUAGAUUGUAUUUUCUAACACUGAAAGUGCCUCAUUUACUCAGGACAGUCGAGAUGUAAAUAAUCCAAGUUGUGCUUUGAAGGCUCUUCUCAACUGUAUUCUCUGUAGAAAUGGAAGUUAUAUUUAUGGUAUUUUCAAUAAAGAAUGAUAGUUACUUAAUUUACUUUUUUCUUUAUUAGUAAAAGUUGGCACACAGAAUACAGUAAACAUGUACUUUGGGUCAUAGUUCCAUUGCUUUUUCCUUUUUGUUAACAUUAACAAACCAACAACGUACCUAGUAUACAGAUUAUAUAUAUAUUUUAUACCUCUA